GAGAGACCUCCAUUCCUCGUUCUUUAUUCUCUCUCUCUCUCUUCUCUCCUGCAAAUAGUUUACCCCACAAACUUCCAAACAAAGAGAAUUAAUAGAAAGUGAGAUUUGCAAGAAUUAAAGGAACCUCUCAAACACCAAAAGCCAACCCUUAUAAUCUAUAGUUGAUCAUAUUUAUGUGGCUACCAUGUUACUAUUAAUAAGUCUUCUCUUUGUUCAUCAUGAUCAUGAUAUUGUUGAUGAUGUCAAAUCCCUCUAACUCACAAUAUAAACUCAAGAUUCAAAACCUCUUUUUCUCUUCUUUUUCUUUUUCUUCUUCUUAUUUCAUCAUUAUCCAUGGCUUGUUUUGAGAUUUGUUCAAUAUGACCAUGGUUCCUUCUCAAAGUAGCAAACAAAAUUACAAAACUAUAAAUGGUGAUUAUGUUUUCUACAACAACAACUCAACAAGUGCUAUGAACCAAUUUCAAUUUGUUGAAGACUAUAGCACCUACAAUAAUUGUUUAAGAUCUGAAUUUUUUGUGAGGCCAAUGGCUGAAGAAGAGGAAUCAUCAUCAAGACUCAACACUAUCACCACCACUACUCAUCACAACGAACUUGAACCCGAACCCGAAGGAGAAACCAUUUCAACCUCAAAGGAAGAAGAAGAACAAGAACAAGAAAGAGAAGCAAACAACAAUAACAUCAAUAACAACAACAACAACAAUAACUGGCUUCAAUUAAGCAUAGGUAAUACGGCCGUGACCACAACCACGAAACAUGGUCGUGAUCAUAACCAGACUCCAACAAGCAGUUCAGGCUUGCUGGAGCUUGAGUUGUUACCAACAAAUUGGGCUGCUUCGCGGCCCAAUUUGGAGCAACCAUCGACCAGAGGUUGCUCAAAUUUUAAUUCUUCUUUGUUUUUUGAACAAACGACAUCUUCCUCAUCUUCUUCGUCCUUGUCCAUAUCUAUGUCAAUGCCAAGUGGUCCAACCUAUGGUCAUCAACAACAACAUCAACAUCUAGUACCACAUAACUGGGCAUUUGGUCCAUUAUUACCACACUCAAUGGCAAUUAAUAUGCCUUCUUCUACAUCUUAUAUUCCAUCUUCUUCUUUAUCACAAUCUUGUUCUUCUUUAAGGCCAUCUUUAGGACCUAAUUAUUAUCCUCAAUAUCAUCAUGCAUCACCCUUUCACUUUCCUUCAUCUUCUUCAUCUUCUGGAUUUGAUCAAUUUGAUGUGGCCGGUCCUAGCUCAUCAUCUAACGUCGCUUUUCGAGUUGUCGAUCCUCCUCGUAGACCUCAUUCUGGAAUUUGGUUUAUGCUACAAGCCUCACAAAAUCAAUUGAAAGAACCAUUCUUGCCACAAAUACCUAAGAACUAUCUUAGAAUUAAAGAUGGAAGGAUGACAGUUCGGUUGCUAUUCAAGUAUUUGGUUAGCAAACUCAAACUUGAGAGUGAAUCAGAGAUAGAGAUAACAUGCAGAGGACAACAACUUUUACCUUUCUUAACGUUGCAGCAUGUGAGAGAUAAUAUUUGGACACCAAGGGACACCACAACAAGACCUUUGCUUUCAGAUUCCUCAACAACAGAUCAUGUAAUGGUGCUUCAUUAUGGUAGAAGCACUUCUUGAAAAAAAGCACUUCUUAAAAUUAACUUAAAUUAAUGUGCCUCAUUGUAUCUUUGUUAACUUAUCCAAACCCCUUUCUUCUUUUGUUCUUUCCUUUUUUCUUUUUUUUUUUUAGUUUUCCAAUUUUUCUUUUUUUAUUGAGUUUUGGUUAUUAUUUAUUUUGAUUUUUUUUUCUUUAUAUAUCAUGAGAAUCACAUUAGCCUCAAAACAGUGUUUAUUCCAUUACUGUUUUGGGGUGAAGGCAUUGUUGCCCACAAUUGUAUUCCCAUGUAUGUUGGGUGAGGUGAGUGAGGAAUUUGCCAUCAAGUGUAUUGCCAAGCACAAAACUCAAUCUAAUUUGAUAUACUAACCCAUUUUCCCCUUUUAAAUU